ACACAGAGGGGCGGGGCCGGCCCUGGCCAGGGUGACCGGCGAGUCGGUGCCGGGAAAGCCGAAGAGGGGUCGGAUCGAGGCCCGGUUGGCUGUGGGAGCGGCCAUGCUCAGCGCCGCGUGCCGCAGGCUCGGCCCGGCGCUGCGGGGUCCGCGCGCACCGUCUGCGGUCGCCGGGAGGUGUCUGCUCGCGCCUGGGGUCAGGUCCUUCGCGGACCAGGGUGGCCGGGCGGAGGAGCCCCGCACCUUCCACCCGGAGCUGCUGCGGUGCCUGGUGUGCCCGCUCUCCAAGAAGCCGCUUAGAUAUGAAGCAUCGACAAAUGAGUUGAUUAAUGAAGAGUUGGGAAUAGCGUAUCCAAUCAUUGAUGGGAUCCCUAAUAUGAUACCACAGGCAGCAAGGACAAUACGUCAAAAUAAGAAGCAAGAAGAAGUUGAGCAACAUUAGACCAUGAUUGUUAAAAGCCUAACUACUGACUUCUAAUACUGUGUACCUUUAACAGGGAAGGGCAAGAACAGUGAUUCACCUCUGCCUGCCUGCCUGCCUGUUCUCCCACUCCUCUCCUUAGCAGGACUGUCUGAUCUGCUUUCUGGAGAAUUUCCCGUAGGGCUGCACCAGCACAGCCAGGCUUUGCUUUUACAGUCUGCUCUUACUGCCACGCCAGUAUGUUUAACCUGGAUGGGUCUAAAACUCUUUAAGCAGUUAGUGAAACCACAGGCGGGAUGAUGAAAGAGAUCUGAUGUAACAUCUGUGAAAACUUCGUAUAAAUCCAUUUGGUUAACAAAAAGUC